CAUAGAAACAGUUUGGAAUCCGAGUAUGUCCAGUAAUGUCAAUUUUGUGGUCGUUCGUGGGAAUAUAUAUACAUUGCGGCAUAUUGGCCCAGUUGCUCAUAUUACAUGAGCCCUCCUGCUCUCCUACAACGAGCCGUCCUCUAACUUUUCCCCCAUUUCGUCCUCCCCAAAACUCCCGUACCCAACUUCUUUGGCUUUAUUUGCCCCCACCUCGUUUCUUUCUCCUCUUCUUCUUUCCAAAGGACGAAAAAGAUAAGCUACUCAUAAUGAUGAUGAUGAUGUCUAACGCCAGAUGCCCGUGUGGCCCUCCCAACUCCGGUUUGUGCAGAUAUGAUAUGGUAAUGUUGAGUUUCGCUCGAUCGUGAAAAGUCGUUAAAUACGAGUUGUUGUGGAUGCCAAGACGAACUAUUGACGACGGGAAAGAAUUGAUAGAGCCAUGUGUGUGAAAUAAGAGUUGGAUGGACUGUGAUGAGAGACUCCAGCAACAAGUGAUGCACGUAGGUGAAGGUC